AUGCGAGCUGAAGUGAUGAAUUUUCGGCAAGAGAAGUUUGUGAGGUUUAAAUCGGUAAAAAGCUCAGGCGGGCAAUCUCCUAGCGAAGAUGGAGUGCGACCGGCCAAACUUAGAUCAACAAUGUACUUCAUUGCAGGCAAAUUCCAUAGAGGGUUGGAAAGUGGUUCUGAAAGAACUAAAAGAUUUACAGAAGCACUGAAAUCAUUCUCGCUGAAUAGGUUUUUGGCCGAAGAUGUGGGAUCUUGGAAGAAAAUUCUCGAUCCUCAAGGAUCUUUUCUUCAGAAGUGGAAUAAAAUAUUUGUACUGGCGUGUGUCAUUGCUGUCUCCUUGGAUCCCUUGUUCUAUUACAUUCCUGUGAUUGAUAAUGAUAAUAAAUGCCUUCUUUUGGAUCGGAAAUUGGAGGACAUAGCAUGUGUUUUGCGAUCCUUCACUGAUAUCUUUUACCUUAUUCAUAUUAUCUUUCAGUUCCAUACUGGUUUUAUUGCCCCUUCUUCGCGAGUAUUUGGAAGAGGCAUUCUAGUAAAAGAUUCAUGGAAAAUAGCAAAGAGAUAUCUGUCCUCUUACUUCUUAGUUGAUAUUCUUGCAGUCCUUCCACUGCCACAGGUGGUUAUUUGGAUUAUCAUUCCUAAAUUGAAAGGUUCGAGAUCUUUGAAUACAAAGAAUUUGUUAAAAUUUGUGGUAUUCUUCCAGUAUAUACCAAGGGUUCUUCGUGUCUAUCCUCUGUAUAAAGAAGUCACUAGAACUUCUGGCAUACUCACCGAAACAGCAUGGGCUGGAGCUGCCUUCAAUCUUUUUCUUUACAUGCUUGCAAGUCAUGUACUUGGAGCCUUUUGGUACUUGUUUUCAAUAGAACGUGAAACUACCUGCUGGCAGAAAGCUUGUGGGAAUCGAUCUGCCUGUAGACAUGCUUCAUUGUAUUGCAAGGGCGAUCAUACUGUACAUAAUAAGUUUCUGAAUGAAGCCUGUCCCAUAGAGAACGCAAAUAAGACACUUUUUGAUUUUGGGAUAUUCCUUGAUGCUCUUCAGUCUGGAGUUGUGGAAUCAACAGAUUUUCCCCAGAAGUUCUUCUACUGUUUCUGGUGGGGACUGCAAAAUUUGAGUUCCCUUGGUCAGAACCUCAAAACAAGUACCUUUGUUUGGGAAAUUUGCUUUGCAGUUUUCAUCUCCAUCUCUGGCUUGGUGCUUUUUUCAUUUCUUAUUGGAAAUAUGCAGACUUUUUUGCAGUCCACAACUCUAAGAUUAGAGGAAAUGAGAGUGAAAAGACGUGAUGCAGAACAGUGGAUGUCUCACCGUUUACUUCCUGAAAGCCUGAGGGAGCGGAUCCGGCGAUAUGAACAUUACAAAUGGCAGGAAACCAGAGGUGUUGAUGAAGAGAAUCUGGUUCAUAAUCUUCCGAAGGACCUUAGAAGGGAUAUAAAGCGCCAUCUUUGUUUGGCUCUACUUAUGAGAGUACCGAUGUUUGAGAAAAUGGAUGAACAGCUCUUGGAUGCGAUGUGCGACUGCCUGAAGCCAGUGCUUUACACGGAGGACAGUUUCAUUGUGCGUGAGGGUGAUCCAGUUGACGUGAUGCUGUUUAUAAUGCGGGGUAAACUGCUGACAGCAACCACAAAUGGAGGACGAACUGGCUUUUUGAAUUCUGAUUAUCUGAAAGCUGGUGACUUUUGUGGAGAAGAGCUACUUACUUGGGCGCUCGACCCCCAUUCGUCAUCUAACCUCCCGAUCUCAACAAGAACCGUACAAGCCCUCUCUGAAGUUGAAGCAUUUGCUUUAGUGGCCGAUGAUUUGAAGUUCGUAGCUUCCCAAUUCAGACGAUUACACAGUAAACAGCUCCGUCACACGUUUAGGUUGUACUCGCAGCAGUGGAGGACUUGGGCAGCUUGUUUCAUUCAAGCAGCCUGGCGCCGUUAUAGUAGGAAGAAGUCGGAGGAGUUGCUUCGAGAAGAGGAAAACCGGUUGCAAGAUGCAUUAGCGAAGGGUGGUAGCAGCUCGCCAAGUUUGGGUGCAACCAUUUAUGCCUCGCGUUUCGCUGCUAAUGCAUUACGUGCUCUACGGAGGAACAAGACAAGAAAGUCGAGGAUGCCGGAACGGAUAUCGCCCAUCCUGCUUCAGAAGCCCGCUGAACCUGAUUUCACAGCUGAAGAUAAAUAA